UGGGCAACUGUCAGAUGAAAUAAAUCUUUGCAGUACUUUACAGCUGAUAGACACAUAUUUGAAGAUGCACCUACCGAACUGUGUUUUGAUGUCAGUGCUGCUGAUGAUCUCUCAUGGGUUGCUUGUGCAUGGUCCCUUUGGUCCUCUUGUUGCUCCUCUGGGAUCUUCAGUGGUUUUGCCCUGUUAUGUUGAUGAAUUCUUACCAAUGAAGGAUCUGGAGGUGGAAUGGAGAAGAACAGACUCAGAGACUCUGGUUCAUCUGUAUCAAGAUGGUAAGAGUCGACCAGAGGCCCAGCAGCAGGAUUAUCAUGAUAGAGCUCAUUUCUUUACUGAUCAGAUUCAACAUGGAAACUUCUCCCUCCAUCUGGACAAUCUGAGAGCUGAAGAUGAGGGACGAUACACAUGUACAGUAUAUAGUCAACAGGAUUCUGGUAAAACUGUGAUCACAUUAAAGAGUGCAGAUCGUUUGCUAGUAUCAGGAUCAGAUGAACCCAUAUCUGUGUUUGUCGGUGAGGACAUCACUCUGAACUGCUCUGUAGACUCUCACAUCACACCUGAACACAUUGAAGAGGUUUCAUGGAAGAAAACAGAUGAAGAUGAAGAUAUUCUGGUUCUGCUCUAUCAAAACAAUGAAACUUUACCAGAUUCAUCAGAUGAGCGAUACAGAGACAGAGUUGAGUUUUUCACUGAUGAAAUCCCCAAAGGAAACUUCUCUCUCAGACUGAAGAAUGUCAGAACUGAGGACAAAGGAGUUUACUUGUGUGAAGUGUUUGCUGGAGGACUUUCAGCCAAUGCAACUGCAGUAUUGGAGCAACUGGGUUUCUCUGUUUCACACAUCAUGGUGUUGAUUCUCUGUAUUUCUGCAUCUGGAUCUGCACUUCUGCUCUGCUGUCUGAUCUACUGCAGGUCACCAUAUAAAGGUACAAAUAAUCUUUUCUUUUUCUUUUUUUUUUUUUUUGAGGAUUAGGAGAAGGACAAGCCAAGAGAUCCAGUAUAUAUUAUUUGGAAAAUACACAAAAGCUUUUGGAAAGAGUUAAUCGUCUAGUGGGGUUUUAGUCCCAAUUAGCCAGACUUUCACUAUCAACAUGAUACAGCAAUCAGCAGAUCUGGAUGAACUGAUGGAGGAGAUUCAACACUGUACAACGUUGCUAAAAAAUGGCCAAAUUCUGACAAUAACGUACCAUUUUCCAUUAAAGCAGUAAUAUACUGUAGAAAACAAUGCAUUCUGUGUAUUAUUUGUCACUUUCGAGAAAGUAGCCUACAGGAAUAUUCUGUGAAUUAACAGUGCUCAAAGUCGACACUCAGAGGCUGUGUUCCAAAUCACACCCUAUACCCUUAUUCACUAUUCCCUACAUUAGUUCACUAAUAUAGUCCACUUGACAGAGUAAAUGAAAAGAAGUGAGUGGAUUCAGAGACUGAUAAACACCUGACAAGCAGAAUCACUGAAGGAGUGUGAAACCAGUUUGACAUUGUUUCUUUUCUAGAAGUACAUAAGAUCUUCAUGAAAGUUAACAGAGGUUUAGAUGUUUUAUUGAAAAUAAUACAGUUUGCAGUCACCAUCAUGAUAAUCAGUUUUUGCCUUUGUUGGGCUCUUGACCCUUGACUUUAUAACAUUAGUUUUUCUCUGACUGCUGUAACUAUGUGUUUAUAAAGGACAUUUGUUUUGGCAAGAGAUAGGCAAGAGAGAAAGUUGAUCAGGUGUGUUUUGACUGUGUGGUGAUGAUGCCAUAAUCAUCAUGGACUGAUCUCUUCCAGGGUCUAAUCCUUUUUUGGGUGUUUUUAUGUGUAUUGGGUGUUUAGUAUAGGGAAAACAUAUAAACUAUUAACUAUGACUUUUCCUUCAAUAAACUCCUAAUUUACUGCUUAUUAAUAGUCAGUGUAACAGACUUUAUUUGAUUCUGUCAUGAUGUAUUAAUUCUGUAUGUUCUGGCGCUCGUUGUGUAUAUGUAUGUAUAUGUAUUUUUCCCCUCAGGGCUUGCCGUUUAUAGGUUUGUGCAUGCGCACUUUUGUACUGGAGUGUCGCGGGUUUUUAAGGCUGGUUGAUACAUAUGUGGCAGAGAAUAAAGUGAAGGAAAGUUCUGUUGUUAAACUGUCGUUUAUUGUUUUCUUAGGAGUAUUUUAGGCGAACCCUGCACGAACGCUUGGUCACAUUAGUAAGGUAGUUGUUAAAUUCAGAUAUUGGGUAGGAUUAAGAAUGCAAAAUAAGGUCACGCAGAAUAAGGCAUUAAUAUGUGAUG